AUGACGUUUAGCACCAAAGUCGAGCACUUCGAACCAUAUGGCAGGCUGUCGCCCGCCAAGUUGGCUUCGGAGUUUGCGUCGACGAAUGUCUUAAUAAGUGGCGGCGGGUAUGGCAUAGGGGCCUCCAUCGCACGCGCCUUCGCAGAAGCACACGCGGCCAGUAUCGUCCUUGCAGGCCGUACGGAGUCGAAAUUGAGGGCCACAGCCGAGGAGAUCAAGACUGUGUAUCCCGGAACCAUGGUUGAGUACCGCACUGUCGAUAUCACAUCGGAGGACUCAGUCAAGGCCAUGUUUUCUUCACUGGACAGGCCAGUCGAUGUGCUGAUCAACAAUGCCGGAUACCUGGCCAAUCCUGAGAAUUUUGUCAGUGCAGAUCUGAAGGAGUGGUGGCGAUCGUUUGAAGUCAACGUCCUCGGCACUGCAUUCGUCCUGCAGCAGUUCUUACAAGCACGAGCGAAGCAAAGCGCAACGAGUCAGGCCGUUGUGGUGAAUAUCAACACCCUCGGCGCUUACAGCUUCCUUGUACCGUUCCUCUCAGCAUACGGCGCCAGCAAGGCUGCAAUGUGGAGAAUGAUGGAGUUGAUAACCGUGGACAUUCAAGCGACGACAGUACUACCCGGCGGGGCUAGGAUCAUUUCCGUGCAUCCCGGGUUUGUCAAGACUGCAAUGGCAGACAAAUCUGGGCUAGAUAGCUUCUUCACACCAACGAACCCCCAGCUUGCGGCCGAGUUUGUCGUCUGGGCUGCAAGCGAGGAAGCAUCCUUUCUGGCGAAUCGACUGGCUUGGGCCAACUGGGACUUGGAUGAGCUGGUUGCGAGGAAGCAGGAGAUUGUGGAAAAGGAUAUGCUGAGGAGCGCUUUGUCCUGA